ACACCACACAGACACACACACACACACACACACACGCACAGUUACAUCAUCAUUAUCUUUCAGUUUUUACGCAUGCAGACUGGUCUCACACACACACACACACACACACACGGACCCACUGCACCCAUUGAGAUAAAAAAAUACACUCAGUACCGUGAAUGGGAAAUGAUCACGUGUGUUCACCAUUCACUUUUUUCUUCUGCCUGCGUGUCAAUGUGUAGUAGUAGUUGUAGUAGUAGUAAUAGUUGGAGGAGGAGGAGGAGGAAAGCCACACAUCAAGGAAGGUAAAAACGAAGUGAGGGGAAGGAAGAGGAAGGAGGUGGGUUUAAAGAAGGAGGAGGAAAGCAAGCAGUUGAGGAAGGGAGGAUGGAGGAGGAGUAGAAAGAGGAGGAGUAUGGAGAUAAGGAUGAAGAGGAAGAGGAUGAUGAAAGAGGGAAGUGGAGGACAACAAGCAGGCAAGCAAGGGAGGUGGAAAGGAAGAGGAAGGAUGGGGAUAAAAGAGUGAGGAAGAGGAUAAAGAUGAGAAGGAAAAGUAAUGGAGGAAGUGUAAGGAGGAGGAGGAGGAGGAGGAGGAGGAAAACAAAGAAACGAACAAGAGGAAGAGAGGAGGGAGAAGGAAGAGGAAGUACGGGAAUAAAAGAGGAAAGAAGAGGAGAAGAAAGAAUGAGAAUGAAGGAAAGAGGAGUAAGAAGGAGGAGGAGGAUAACAAAGAAACAAACAAGGGAGGUAGAAGGGAAGAGAAGAAGAAGUAUGGGAAUAAAAGAGGAAGGAAGAGAAGAAGAAGGAAUGAGAAUGAAGGAAAGAGGAGUAAGAAGAAGGAGGAGGAUAACAAAGGAACAAACAAGGGAGGUAGAAAGGAAGAGGGAGAGUGGGUGGAGAAAAAAGAGGAAGCAAGAGGGAUGAUGAGGAGUAAGGAGGAGGAGGAGGAGGAGGAGGAAAACAAACAAGAAAUGAAGACAGGGUGGAGAAAGAAGAGAAAGUAAGGGGAUAAAAAAGGAAGGAAGAGAAGGAAGAUGAAGAGGAGAAUGAAUAGGAAUGAAGGAAAGGAGUAAGAGGAAUGGAGGAGCAUCAAGAGGACACUUUAUAUACACUUUUUUAAUUAUAUACUUUAGGAUAAAUCAAGAGAACAAGAGGACAGGAAGUGUACGUGUAAGUAUCCGUAUGUCUGUAUGUAUAUAUGCAUCCGUGUAUAUGUAUAUGUGUGUAUUCUUGCAGGUCUUCUUUCUUGAUAUUAGGGAAAAAAAAAAAACAUUAGGAGAUACAAUUUUGAUUAUGCUGUUCUAUUUCAGUCUUCGUAUCUCCUCGUGUAUCAUUAUGUAUGCGUGUGUGUGUGUGUGUGUGUGCUUAUAUUACCUGUGUAGUGAUAUGAGUUCUUACCUGGUGGCUGUGCUAAUUAAAGUCUGCUACACCUGACUUCCUAUUCUCUCAUUUACUAUUAUCAUUAUUAUUAUUAUCAUCAUCGUCAUCAUCAUUAUUAUUAUGGAUAUAUAUAACAAACGAAAAACAGUAAAGCAAUUGUUAAUAAGUUGUUAAUAUUAAGUUAAGAAUGGAUCAAUAAAUACAGCACGGAAACAAAUAAUAAAAUAAACGAAAGGAAAAAUGGAAAGCUUUACCUAGAUAAAUGAAAGCAAAUAAAAUGAAGAAAAUGUAUGAAUUAAAAAUAGGAAAUGAAUAUCUAGCCAAUAAUGAAAAGAAACGAGUAAGAAAAGUGGAAACAAAAUAAAAAUAAAACAAAACAGACCAAACUAGCAAAGAAAAUGGGAAGUUGUAGAUAGAACUAAACGAGAGAGAGAGAGAGAGAGAGAGAGAGAAUAAUUCCUUUGACAAAACCUGAAUAUGAACUAACAUGAAAUCAAACUCAAAGAAAACGGGAAGUGGCAGAUGGAAAUAAACACGAGAGGAGGAAGAGAAGAAUUCCUUUGAUAAAAACUUAUAUUCCCUAAUUAUUUUGACUAAUUAGCUUAUUAGAGAAACCCAUUAAGGAGAGACGUGGGGAUGGGGGUGGGAAGGUGGUGGUAGUGGUGGUGGUGAUGAUGGUGGGUGUGGUGGUGGUGGUGGUGGAGAUUGUGUAAUGUGUGUGGUAAGGGAGGUAAAGGUUGUGUGUGUGUGACCUUGAAUUUUAACUCGUCGGGGUUUUGUCCUCAUGGCACACGAAAUAAUUCUCUCUCUCUCUCUCUCUCUCUCUCUCUCUCUCUCUCUCUCUCUCUCUCUUUCGGACGGUUACUCGAGCCGCUCCCUUCCUCAUGCGGUGUUGCCAGGAGCAGAGUGUGGGGCGAGCGAGCGGCACUCUCUUUCUCUACGCACCGCGUUCUGAGCCGCUCCCCUCCCCGUGCUGUGUUGCCUGGCGUGGUUGUGCGGCGAGCGAGCGGCAAUAGUGCUCCCUCUAGGCAGGAGGCAUCUGCGGGUAAGAGCGCGGGGCAGAAGCGCGGCAGGCGGCCAGCUCGCGCUCAGUGGCAGUUUGCUUUUUGUAGCCGAAAGAGGUUCCGUCCGCCACUUCUCCGAUCACAAUGAACGUCCCUAAACACCUCGACUGGACACGGGCCAACACACUUCGCCUAAUAAACCACCUCAAGCGAAAUCAUUGUCUAUGGCAAGUUGAGAACAAGUAUUACAAGCACAAGCGAGUGAGAAGUACAAUACUGAAUGCAGUGGCCAAAGAAUUAUCGGAUUCAAUGAAGUGCGUCGUAACACCAGAUGAUCUCAUGAAGAAAUGGCAUACGUUGAGGUCACAAUUCAGGCGAGAGGUGAAGGCGUUGAAGGAAUCGCAGAAGUCGGGAGCGGGGACAGAAGUGUAUACGCCAAAGCUAUGGUGUUUCAACGCCCUAACGUUCCUAGGUGGUGGUGAGGCCCUCCAAGCGACCUCCAGCAACAUGGAAAAACAAGAUACAAAGGACGCAUCUCGGAAUAAGAGCGCGUCGCUAGAAGACGUCCAGUCCACCGGUACGCCAAUCACCAAGAACACCCAUGAACACAUGGACUGGCCACGGGUCCGCACACUUCACCUAAUUGACCUUAUGAAGCAACACCCGUGUCUAUGGGUGGUAAGGAGCACGAACCACAUGAACAAGAAUGUGAGAAGGGCAAGCUUGAAUGCAGUGGCCAAAGAAUUAUCGGAUUCAGCGAAUUGUGACAUAACACCAAAUGAUAUAAUGAAGAAAUGGCAUACGUUGAGGUCUCAAUUCAAAGGAGAGGUGAGGACGAUGAAAGCAGCGCAGAACUCUAGAGUGGAUACAGAAGUCUACACGCCCAGGCUCUGGUGUUACAAGGCCUUAUCAUUCCUAAGUGCUGACGCCCCCCUAGACUCCACCUACGAUUUGGAUAACGAAGAAACACAGGAUAGCACGUUUGAUGAUGAGGCAGACUCUGAGGUUACAGAUGAUGCUAGAUCCACAAAUUCACCGCUUCAACUGACUGCAUCUUCUCCUACAGUGUCACAUCGGUCCUCACAAAGUUCUACUUCUGAAAUUCUUACGCCCCCUGCCCCGCCCUACACAUAUGAUUCUCCCACGCCGUCGCCUGACCCAUGUAUGGCAAACAAAAAGAGAAAGCAGAGUGAGCUGUCUUCCCGUCCCACACCUCAUAACGAGCGUCCGUGCUUGGACUUGGCGAAGGUUAUAUGUAAUGAACUGGAGGACAUGACGGCUUUGCAAAGGAAAUUGGCCAGAAAACUGAUAAUGGACGUCAUUCACUUGGGUAGCAUGGAUCAGCUGACUGUGAGCCAUCAAGUGGUGGGUGCUUUGAGUUCAAAUCAAUUCAGGGUUUGAAUGGUGUGAUGUAAGAUUUUUUUUUUUUGUUAAUGAACGGAAACCAAUUUCGAGUGAAACUAUUUUUUCAUUUAAGAUCUCAGUAUUUUAUGUUUAUGUGAUCUGAGUAAAACCUGCACCGGCAGACGAAAGAUUUAUAUUUUGGAUAACAGUUUCGGUGGCAGUGUACGAAGGAUGUAUAUUUUGCCAAACAGUUUCGGUGGACAUUGCCACCAUCUUCAGUGGUUUGACUUAGAAGUGGGGAAAGUAAGUAGAGAAGUACACAAGCAAAAAAGUAAUCUCUUGAGUUUAAGUGUACCCUUCACCCAAGUUACUUAGUGGGAGAGUCAUUGCGAUUGGCUUACGAGGACAUUAAAGGGGUGGGAAGAGGAAGGACUUUUCUCACCCCCUUUAUUUAAUGCCCCCGUUUUUUUAAUUAUUAUAGAUUAUAAUUGUAAGAGAAGGCCCUCUUCCCGCCCUUUAAAUCUCCCCGUCUUUUAAUCGUAGCGUAGGGCACGGUAGAUGACCUGACUCCCACUACGUGACUUGGGUGGAAGGUUCACCCACCCACCACUCUGCCCUACCCUUUCAUAGACUACUUUUUAGUUUGUGUACUUCUGUAUUUAUUCUGUACUUUCCCUACUACUUCAAACCACUAAAGAUGGUGGCAUCGUUCACCGAAAUUUUGGUAAAAUAUACUUGUGUGAUUAUCCCAGUCUUAUGUGAAAUAUGAAAUUUCCAGGUUGUAAAAAAAUAAACAAGGUCACUAA